AUGCCCAAAGACAGCCUUGUCAACGUCAUCGUUACUGGCGCAAAUAGCGGUGUCGGUUUUGGUAUAUCCCAGCGGAUCCUGUCGCAAGUGAGCAGCCAGCGGGCGACCGAUGUGGGAGGAGAUGGCAAUCAUACCAGCGACGAUAGCAUCUCCCCAUUCCUCCACCAGGCCAGAAGAAGGGGGCUUCGAUUAAUCCUAGCGUGCCGGUCGCAGUUGAGGGCCGAAGGCGCGAUAAAGGUGCUUCAGCGGGAGUAUCUUGACGCACACGCCAGAACUGAGAGCAGCAGCACACACAUCACCCUCCAAUACGAACACUGCGAUCUGAGCAGCGUGCAGUCUAGUCGCGCGUUCGCGGAGCGUAUCAAGUCCAACUACACCUCCAUAGCCUCUUUAAUCUGCAACGCCGGCGGGGGUACUUUCUCCGGUAUAGACUGGGUGGGAGCGACGGUGCAGAUGCUAUCUCACCCUCUCGCUGCCGUCACGUACCCCACCUACAAGCUACAAUCGCACGGCGCGACCUCGUCGGACAACCUCGGGUGGGUGUUCCAAAUGAACAUCUUCGGGCACUUUAUCAUAGCGCGCGAGCUGACUGCAUUGCUCGAAGCUGAGUCGCGCACUCAGCCUACGUCCAUCCUGUGGAUGUCCAGCCUCGAGGCUAGCAAAUGUGCCUACGACUUAGAGGGGGAUUUCGACAUGCAGCGCCACGCUUACUCGUACGAAGCAUCUAAAUACCUCACUGAGGCACUAGCGAUCGGACUCGAUGAGGAGCUCCGUGCAAGUCACAGUAGCACGCGCUCAGUCAUCGUGCAUCCGGGUGUCGUGUGGUCGAGUAUCUUCUACGAGCAUCUAGGUGUCCUGCUGGAUCUGCUUAUGGCUCUUGCUUUCUACAUGGCCAGGUGGUGCGGUUCCCCCCACCAUUGCAUAUCGGCUUUCUUGGGCGCCCUCUCCACUACACAUGUCCUCCUCAAUCUCGAUCACAUCAAAGCCCAGCCUGCCAGAUACGCCUCUUGUUGCGAUAGGUGGGGACACCCUUAUGUCGUCACGCAGCCCUCAGUCGUCGCGCAAGAGGGUGAUUUAUAUGAGAUGGCCAAUCUUCUUCUCAAACCAUGGCUCGUAGCACUGAGGAUAGGUUAUGUUCCGGAGCACUUUUCAUCACCGCUUCUGCAACUGGGUGAACGCGACGGCGGUGCAACGUUCGUUCUGGUCGAGUGUCCGAGCGGCACAGGCCAAAUAAUGAGCAAGCUCGCUGCGGGCGAGAUCGACAUAUCGAUAGCGUUAACCGAGAGUCUUCUGGCAGGACGAGUGCGCGGUAAUACCACAUUUGAAUUGAUAGGCACGUACAUAGAAUCUCCACUCAACUGGGCAGUCAUCACUGCCGCUGACUCGCCUUACUCCUCCCUCUCCCAACUCCAAGGAACCACGUUCGGCAUCAGUCGGGCGGGAUCUGGGAGCCAAGUGAUGGCGAAUGUGAUGGCGCUCGAGAAGAAAUGGUCCGAGAAACCUGAUUUCGCCAUUCAGGGCACUUUCGAAGCUCUCCGCGGGAGUGUCAAUGAUGGCUCUACUAGUGCUUUUAUGUGGGAGUGGUUCACUACCCUCCCAUACGUUAAGAGCGGCGAGGUGAAGUUUGUCGGUAAUCAACUCACACCUUGGCCCAGCUGGAGCAUUGUGGCUGGUGUACAUGUGGAUCAUACCCAAGCAACUGCCUUCCUUGACGCCCUAGACGACGCUGUCAGACUGUUCGACAAAGGUAGAUCUGAUGGUAGCGCUGUGCAGUAUGUGCGCGAUACUUUCGGCUAUGAUAAGGAUGACGUGCAGAAGUGGUUGGAUGGCGUCACUUACUCUCAGAAUCACCUCCGCGUAGUCAGCAAGAGCGUUGUGGAGAACACCCUUAACACUCUUGUCGACGCCAACGUUAUUGAGAAGCAGGCUGAAUGGGAUAUCGCUUCUCAUGUUAAUACAAAGGUCGCCAAGCUGGAGUAA